GAGAGAGAGAGAGAGGGUUGAUGCACUGAUCGAGGUCUCCUCAGGUGUUUGGAUCCAGUCAUGGCCGGGAGCUCAGAGAAAAUACCGAUCGCCUCUGCGGGACCAGAGGACCUGCAGCAGUUCAUGCCCCCGGCCUACUCCGCCGUGGCGGUGAAACCUGCCGCCACUGGCCGUCUCCUGAAGGCUGGCAUCGCGGUGCUGAUCGCCGGGGCUCUCCUGCUGCUCCUGGGGGCUGUGGGGGCUUUUUACUUCUGGAACAACAAUGAAAAACAUGUCUACAAUGUCCACUAUAGCAUGAGCAUCAAUGGAAAGGUGGAGGAGGGCUCCAUGGACAUCGACUCGGCCAACAACAUGGAGAGAUUCAGCACGGGGAGCGGCACAGACGAGGCAGUGGAGGUUCACGACUUUGAGAUUGGAAUCACAGGGAUCCGCUUCGCAGGAGGAGAGAAGUGCUACAUAAAGACGCAGGUGAAGGCCCGUCUGCCCGACGUGGAGGCUCUCAACAAGGACUCCAUGACAUUCGAGCUGGAGGAUGAGGUGAUGCCGGCCAAAUUUGAGGAUGAUCUGAUCUGGGUGGCGGCUGACGCUCCCCUCUCGGACUCGGCUUUCCUCAGCAACAAGAUAAAGGACCUGUGUGGAGAUCUGCCAAUCUUCUGGCUCCGUCCCACCUACUCAACCAGCGGCCAGAGGAAGAAGAGGGCUGCCGCCCGCCAGCGCCGCCAGGCAGCCGAGGCCGGAGUGGAGGAAGAGGAUGUGGAGGCAGAGUUCAACCCGGAGAACCCCUAUCAGAGAGGCCUGGAGGGCGAGCAGGGCACCAUGAACAUCGACCCCAUGCUUGACCACCAGGGCGUGUGCUGCCACGAGUGCAGACGGGGCUACACCCACUGCCAGAGGAUCUGCGAGCCGCUAGGAGGGUACCACCCUUGGCCGUACCACUACCAGGGCUGCAGGGUGGCCUGCAGAAUCAUCAUGCCUUGCAACUGGUGGGUGGCGCGCAUUAUGGGGCUGGUGUAGACGCCUGAAGACAAGGAGGAGGGAAACAAGGGAUGGAUGGGGUUCAAAGGGAUUGGGGAAAAAUGAGGGUAGAUGGUGGCUUUUUAGCAUCAUCAGCUUUAGUUACCUGUUGAAGUGAACAGAUUAGUAAAACAAGAGUCCACGUAUUAUAAAUGCACAGUAAAGAAUCUAAGAAAGAUCAAGAAUCAAAAAAGAGAAAUAGAUCAUAUGUUUCAAUGGCCUUCAUGAUGUUUGGACACCAUUUUUCUUCGUAUUGCCCAAUACCCAGUUUCAAUCCAAUACUUGUAUGUUUAACAGCUACUGGUAGAAUAAAACUCACUGAUGAAAUUUCACCAGCUUUGACUCGAUUAACAUUCUCCACUGGCACCUCACUCUAGUUUUAUAUCAUCACACCAUAAUAAACCUUAAACCAUUCAAUUCUGGGGGUUAAUUAGGCCUGGUAUCAGAUGAUUGGUAGGAUUAGAUGCUAUUACCAGUACUGGUAUCUGUAUCUGAUCAAAAGCAGGAGAGGUUGUAUUUAUAGAGGUAAUCUUUCUUUUGCUUUUUUAUGUAAAUACAUUUUUAGGCUGCAAAGUAUUCCAACAACAAAUCAACUGAUUUCAUCUUCUUUAAAGUGUAGUGAGAAUAUUGUGGAAUAUACUUCUUCUUUCCUUCUCUUCAUUUUGUCUUCCUGCUCUCAUUAAAAACAAUGAACUGUAAGCAUUUCUCUCAAACUUUUCUCUAAAGGUAUUUUCACCGUUUUAGCAUUGAAGAAUCUUUUUCAAAGUGCAAUAUCACUGAAUUAAACUUUUUUAAG